UUUAGUGUCUGAGCUGUCGUUCUGUGGUUUUCACAUGUCCCUGCUCCCCCUGCUGUCCUCCUGCAGUGCGUGCAGAAGCAAACCCCUCUGAGCCUGAUGAAGGAGGACACAGUGUGGUCCAUGGAGAGCUUCAACGAAUACGUCAACGACAGGAUCCAGGUUACCAGGGGUCUGCCCAGGGACUGGGUGCUCGGAGCCCUUGCGAACCGGAUGCAGCAGAUCAUGACCCAUUGCUUCCAUGCAGUCAAGUCCAAGCUGGACCGUCAUCUGGCACUUUUCGAUCUGAUUGGCUGUGACUUCUUGGUCGACCAGGAUUUCAAGGUGUGGCUCCUGGAGAUGAACUGCAGACAAACUCUGAAGGAGGUGAUACCCAGCACAGUCGUGGAGACUUUGGCUUAGUUCUGACCUCAAAUCAUGAUCAUUUUGACACAAUCUGCAGACGUUUAACCAAAAUCAGCCGUCGUUUGCAUCAACCCAGUAUCUUUAAACCAAAUCCACUUUCAUAUUCUUCUACUGUUUGCAUCACAGAGCGUUUUUUUUACUUCCCGUUACUGACGUGUGACUUUUCACAUCUGCUGUUUCAUGCUUCUUAUCAGCAGUGAAAAGUUGUACGUUUAAUACACAGCGUAAGUUUCCUUUUUGUGCUUCUGCCAUGUUUCAAAUAGUUAUUUAACUUUUUCAUUUGUUUCUUUGAAAAGUACUUUAAAGGCACAACGUGUAGG